CCCGAUAGAAAGUCCAUUCUCCCGCCGGGGACGGAUCGCUCUCUACGUCAGUGUAGCCAGCGCCGCGUCGGGAGCGAGCUCGGACCAGAGCCGACUUGCGUCAGUGCCGAGCGCGCGCAUCGCUGCCAGCUCUGGGGCCCCGGCAGGGCUGGGAAAUGGUGGAGCGGGAGGAGGCAGGGGCGACCGAGUGUUGAGGGGAACCUGCGGACUCGGCCGAGAUGGGAUCGGGCGCGGGCUCGCCCUCUGGGACCCUCUGCUUCCUGUGGCUGCUCUUGUUCGGCUUGGUGAGCCCAGCCCUCGGUGGGGCUCGGUCAGGCUUUCAACAGACCUCCCAUCUCUCUUCUUAUGAAAUAAUAACUCCUUGGAGAUUAACUAGAGAAAGAAGAGAAGCCCCUAGGCCCUGCUCAGAGCAGGUGUCUUAUGUCAUUCAAGCUGAAGGAAAAGAGCAUAUUAUUCACUUGGAAAGGAAUAAGGACCUUUUACCCAAAGAUUUUGUAGUUUAUACCUACAGCAAGGAAGGGGCUCUGAUCUCUGACUACCCUGAUAUACAGAAUCAUUGUCAUUAUCGGGGAUAUGUGGAGGGCGUUUAUAAUUCAUCCGUUGCUCUUAGCAACUGUUUUGGACUCAGAGGCUUGCUGCAUAUAGAGAAUGUGAGUUAUGGGAUUGAACCCCUGCAAAACAGCUCUCAUUUUGAGCACAUCUUUUAUCGAAUGGAUGAUGUCCACAAAGAGCCUGUGAAAUGUGGGGUUUCCAACAAGGAUACAGAGGAAGAAACCACAAAGGAUGAAGAGGAAGAGCCUCCUAGCGUCACUCGGCUACUUCGAAGAAGAAGAGCUCUCCUGCCACAGACCCGCUAUGUGGAGCUGUUCAUUGUCGUAGACAAGGAAAGGUAUGACAUGAUGGGAAGAAACCAGACUGCGGUGCGAGAAGAGAUGAUUCUUUUAGCAAACUACUUGGAUAGCAUGUACAUCAUGUUAAAUAUUCGAAUUGUGCUAGUUGGACUGGAGAUUUGGACAAAUGGAAAUCUGAUCAACAUAAUCGGAGGUGCGGGUGAUGUGUUGGGGAACUUUGUACAGUGGCGGGAAAAGUUUCUUAUAACACGUCGGAGACAUGACAGUGCACAGCUAGUUCUGAAGAAAGGUUUUGGUGGGACCGCGGGAAUGGCGUUUGUGGGAACAGUGUGUUCAAGGAGCCACGCGGGCGGGAUUAACGUGUUUGGGCAAAUCACGGUGGAGACAUUUGCAUCCAUUGUUGCUCAUGAGUUGGGUCAUAACCUUGGAAUGAAUCAUGAUGAUGGGAGAGAUUGUUAUUGUGGAGCAAAGAGCUGCAUCAUGAAUUCAGGAGCAUCAGGUUCCAGAAACUUCAGCACUUGCAGUGCAGAAGACUUUGAGAAGUUAACUUUAAAUAAAGGUGGAAACUGCCUUCUUAAUAUUCCAAAGCCUGAUGAAGCUUACAGUGCUCCUUUCUGUGGUAAUAAAUUGGUGGACCCUGGGGAAGAGUGUGACUGUGGUACUCCAAAGGAAUGUGAAUUGGACCCUUGUUGUGAAGGAAGUACUUGUAAACUUAAAUCAUCUGCUGAAUGUGCAUAUGGCGACUGUUGUCAAGACUGUUGGUUCCUUCCAGGAGGUACUUUGUGCCGAGGAAAAACCAAUGAAUGUGAUGUUCCAGAAUAUUGCAACGGUUCUUCUCAGUUCUGUCAGCCAGAUGUUUUUAUUCAGAAUGGCUAUCCUUGCCAGAAUAACAAAGCCUAUUGUUACAAUGGCAUGUGCCAAUAUUAUGAUGCUCAGUGUCAAGUCAUCUUUGGCUCAAAAGCCAAGGCUGCUCCAAGGGAUUGUUUCAUUGAUGUGAAUUCCAAAGGUGACAGAUUUGGCAAUUGUGGUUUCUCUGGCAAUGAAUACAAGAAGUGUGCCACUGGGAAUGCUUUGUGUGGAAAGCUUCAAUGUGAGAAUGUACAAGAAAUGCCUGUAUUUGGAAUUGUGCCUGCUAUUAUUCAGACUCCUGGGAGAGGCACCAAAUGUUGGGGUGUGGAUUUCCAGCUUGGGUCAGAUGUUCCCGAUCCUGGCAUGGUGAAUGAAGGCACCAGAUGUGGUGUUGGAAAGAUCUGUAGAAAUUUCCAAUGUGUAAAUGCUUCUGUUCUGAAUUAUGACUGUGAUAUUCAGAAAAAGUGUCAUGGACAUGGGGUAUGUAACAGCAAUAAGAAUUGUCACUGUGACAGCGGCUGGGCUCCCCCCUAUUGUGAGGCUACAGGGUACGGAGGAAGUGUGGAUAGCGGACCUGCAUACAAUGAAAAGAAUACUGCCUUGAGGGACGGACUUCUGGUGUUCUUCUUCGUCAUUGUUCCUCUUACUGUAUUGGCUGCUUUUGUCUUCAUUAAGAGAGACCAGCUACAGAAAAGCUACUGCAGAAGGAAGAGAUCACAAACAUAUGAGUCAGAUGGCAAAAAUCAAGCAAAAGUUUCUAGACAGCCAGUGAGUGUUCCUGGACAUGCUUCUUCAGUGGCUCCUCCCAGAGAAGUUCCUAUAUAUGCAAACAGAUUUCCAGUACCAACGUAUGCAGCCAAGCAGCCUCAGCAGUUCCCAUCAAGGCCACCUCCACCACAACCGAAAGUAUCAUCUCAGGGAAAUUUAAUUCCUGCUCGUCCUGCCCCUCCACCUCCUUUAUAUAGUUCCCUCACUUGAUUUUUUUUUUCUUUUUAACCUUUCAUUUUGCAGACAUCUUCAGGGAACUGAGCUAAUACUUUUUUUUUCUGAUACUUUCUUGAAAAGCCUUUCUUCCUGCUGCGAUUAUGAAUGAAAACAAAAUACCACAAAACAAACUUUAUUAAUACAGAAAAACAGAACUUGAGUAGUGGGAAAUGAGAAAUAGAAGAAAUGCAGUAAAGCCAGGGAAAUUAGAAUAACAUUUUCAUUUCCAUUACUGAAUCCAUUUUAUUCAGUCAUCUGUGAGGUUAAUGCACCUGACAUGGAUUAUGUUAUUUGAACACGUUAUUGUAAUGAUUCUCAAAUUAACUGUAUUGGUUUAAGUUUUGUCAUUAUGUGCUUAAAUGUAAUUCUGAAUUUUGACCUUAGUUAUCAUUAAUGUAGUUUCUGAUUGAACAUGUAAUAAUCUAAUACCUGUGAAAACUAAUUAGCUGUCAAUUAAUAUCUAAUAUUUUUAAUCUUGCACAGACUAAUAAUCAUCACACACUAGAAUUUUGUGUAUCUCAUUCACUACAUGAAUAAAGGAAUACUCUGUCUUCAGAAGAAUGCACAAAAUACAGAAUUAAGAUAUCAUAAUACAAAUUUAAAAGUGCAAAAACACACUAAAGGUGUGUAUGUGUAUACUUACACACAGUUAUUAUCUUCCAUUUUAAUGAACAUUCUAUGGAUAUAUGAUU